AUGGUCUACGUCCGCCAGCGCCAUCUCCCGGCGCUCAAGGAAUACAAGUAUUCUUCCGUCGACCGCUCGCUCGUGUCCAAGUACAUCCUCAAGCCCUUUUACACAAAGUUUGUCAUAAGAUGCUUCCCCAUGAGCAUGGCGCCCAACCUCAUCACCCUCACCGGCUUCAUGUUUGUCGUCAUCAACGUCCUUACCCUGCUCUGGUAUAACCCCACCCUCGACCAGGACUGUCCUCCCUGGGUUUACUACAGCUGGGCUGUCGGUCUCUUCCUUUACCAGACGUUUGAUGCUGUCGACGGCACCCAGGCACGGCGCACCAGGCAAUCUGGCCCCCUCGGCGAGCUGUUCGAUCACGGUGUCGACGCCCUCAACACCUGCCUCGAGGUUCUCCUUUUUGCCGCCUCGCAAAACCUCGGCCAGGGCUGGAAGACGGUUGCGACUCUCUUCGCGUCCCUUUUUACCUUCUACGUCCAGACGUGGGACGAGUACCACACCAAGACCCUCACCCUCGGCAUUGUCAACGGCCCCGUCGAAGGCAUCCUGCUCCUCGCUAGCGUCUACGCCCUGACGGGUUACCUUGGCGGUGCACACGUCUGGCAGCGAAGCAUGCUGGCAACCCUCGGCAUCCCGCAGUCCAUCGGCAUCCCCGACGUGCUCUACCGGCUCUCCUUCACCGAGUGGUACAUGGUCCAGGGCGCCAUCGUCAUCGUCAUCAACACUGUCGAGACGUCGUUCAACGUGACGCGCGCACGCCGCGCCCGCGGCGAUCGCACUCGCGGUGCUCUCCUCGGACUUGUACCCUUCUUCGCCAUUUGGACCCUCAUCCUCGCGUACCUCGCCCUGCAGCCCAAUAUUCUGCACAACCACCUGGUUCCCUUUAUCUUCUUUGCCGGUAUUGUCAACGCCUACAGCGUCGGGCAGAUGAUCACGGCCCACCUCGUCAAGAUGCGCUUCCCCUACUGGAACGUGAUUGGACUGCCCCUCGCCUUUGGCGUCAUCGACUCGCUCGGCCCCUUUUUGCAGCGCCAGAUUGGCUUCGGCUGGCCCAGUGCACUCGGCGACGGUGUAUACCAGGUCUCGUUUCUCUUCAUGAUGCUGGGCGCCGCGCUGGGCGUGUACGGCAGCUUCGUCGUCGACGUCAUCGUCACCAUUUGCGACUACCUUGACAUCUACUGCCUGACCAUCAAGCACCCUUAUGUCGAGGGAGGUGAUCUUUCCAGCGGCAAGACCAAGAACUUCUGA